AUGUCAUUUGAAGGAUUAUAUGCUGUAGAUUGGUGCUAUGAAAUUUUAAAUCAUGGUGUCUAUUCUCUAGCUAGUGAUUAUUGCACUUUUUUAAAAAAUCAAAUAAAUAAUGAAGCAACUUUUGAAAAUUUUAAUGAUUCACAAAAUAAAGAAAAAAUUCGUUAUAAUGAUGUAAAAAUGAAUGAUCAAUUUAGAGUUAAGAUAAAAAAAGAAGGUAAUUCAACUGAUUUUAUACAUGCAAAUUAUAUCUCUACACCAUUUAUGAAAGAUAAAUUUAUUGCUACACAGGGACCAUUACUAACAACACGAAAAGAUUUUUGGAAAAUGAUUAUAGAAAAUAAUGUAGAAACAAUAGUAAUGUUAUGUGGUAAAAUUACUUUUAAUAAUAUUACUAUUAAAUGUCUUGAAAUUGGACCAAUAUCAGAUAAAUGUAAAGAAGUUACAAAAACAUUUCUUGAAAUUAAUUAUGAAAAUAAAAAUGAAUUUAUGAUUCAUUUUAUAUGUCAUUAUUCUUGGACCAAUUGGCCUGAUAGGUCAGUACCUAAAGAUAUAAAACCAUUAAUAUUAAUAUUAGAUUCAGUUAGGCAUCAUACAACACCUAUUGUAGUUCAUUGUUCAGCUGGAAUAGGAAGAACAGGUUGUUUAAUAGCAAUAGAACAUUAUUUAGAAAAAGUUAUAUCUAAUAAAAAACUUGAUAAUGGAAUUUCAUAUAUAAACUUUCUUAGAACCAUGAGACAACAUGCUAUACAGACUGAAAAACAAUAUGUUUUUAUUCAUUAUUGUAUUCUAAAAGUAGUUAUUGGUAAUUUUAAAGAUUUAUUAUCUACAGAUGUAAAAGAAUUAUUUGAAAAAUUUGAAAAAGAUUACGAAACAUUUAUUUAA